CGUUGGAGAGCUUCUCCUUGCUUGUCUUCUCUGUGGUAAGAACGCGUGUGGUUGCUGCGGAGAUCUGAGUUUCGGUUGUAUUUAUAAAUACGGAAGAUUUUAGAGAUUGAAAGAUGAGUUCAGGUUAUCAAUUAAGGGGCACCCGUGUGUACGUAGGUGGUCUGAGUGAUGGAAUCAAGAAGGAGGACUUGGAGUCUGAGUUUGAGAAAUAUGGGAAGUUGAACAGUGUGUGGGUUGCAUUCAAUCCUCCAGGCUUUGCCUUCAUAGAGUUUGCCAACGAAGAUGAAGCAGAAACAGCCUGUGACAAUUUGAAUGGCUCUGAUUUGAUGGGGUCUAAAUUGAGGGUAGAGAUCUCUCGGGGUCGGCGUGGUGGGGGUAGAAGCUUCCGUGGCAGCCGAGGUGGGGGGAGGGGUUUCUUUCCAAGAGGAGGUAGCAGGGGUGGUUAUAGUAGUGACAGGGGUGGUUUUCGCGGGGGCCGAGGUGGAAGAGGGGGUCCAAGGGGUAGCAGGGGGCGCUAUGGAGAUGACUACGGCUCUGGGCGUGGAAGUUAUGGAGGUGGUCGAGACUACGAUCGCAAUGGUGGCCGAGGAGACAGCUAUGGAAAUGAUUACUACAGUGGCAGAGAUUCUGGGUCUUCAAGGUAUCGCAGUCGAUCACCAGUGGGGCGUGGCAGCUCCAGGGACUAUGGAAGUUCCGAGGGUUCGUUUGGCUACGGUGCAAGUCGAUCAGGUGAUGCAUACUAACGGGGCGUGUUGCAGGGAAAAGGAUCCAGUCCCCUAACUUCACGACCGCAAAUUUGAUCUACAAGAGAAAGAGGGGAAAAUGUUUCAGCGAUACGACGUUCAUAUAUGGUCAGUUUCUACGCAUGAGUUGUCAAAGCUUCGAGAUGUAAGCUACAGGCUAUGUGUCUUCGUGCUCACCUAAGUUUUAAAGGGCAAGUUCUACGAACAAAUAACUUUGUAAUGAAAAAGUGUUUACAUUUCAGUAAAAAUAGUGCUCUGCAUUUGUGAAUUGUCAUCGCAAGAUGGUGCCAUACAUGUUGAGUGGUAUUCAGUUAUUUUUAGUUACUUUGCUUGUAUUUUUCUAUUUCCUCAUGGAAAGAAAACUUGAUAACACGAAACUUUCUAGGAACUUUCAAUUAAAAUAGUUUGAGCUCUGCAAAUUGUAUUAAAUGUAUGUGAAAACAAAACCUUUGUGCCCACUUAUUCAGCAAGAACUCUUUAAGGGGACAUGAUGAAUAAGAUGUAUCGUCUUCUUACUCUUUUGGGGGGGGGGGAUUCGGCAUGGAAGAAUUACAGAUACGACUGUAACACUCUUUGAAGGCAAAGCAUUGUGAUGGCCCAUACAUUGCAACUUUACUAUUUUUAAAUACACUUUUAAGUGGUGCAUACAGGAAUAGCUGGGUUGAUAUGUGGUGUGAGUACUGACAGCGUUGUUUAAGCAACCAUGUAAAAACAGCUGAUCUGGUCCGUGUAUCAGGAUAAGGCUUGUAUCAGCUAUCUCUCCUUUGGUGUAAACUUGGGUACAACCACUUGCUUUACAUUAACAUCUGCUGACAGUGUUACAAAAAUUGAAACAAGUUCUCUAAGCUUAUGCCACCAUAUUAUGCACUUUAUUCCAUGUAUUCUUUUUCAGUAGUUUGUGAGUUCAGUGAAAAGUACUGCAGUUUGGGUAGAGAGGCAAAAUUAAGGAUAUUUUUAAUUAGUUGGCAUUGGCAAUUAUACAGAUAAUUGUUCUUGUGGUGAAGUAUCAUCUCUGAUUCAGAAUUGGAUUAAUUAUAAAUUGGUCAUGCUACACGUAGAGAUUGUGGUAAUAAACUGUUACGCAUGUGAAUAGACAUGAUUCAGGUGUUCUGAUUAGUCCCUUCAGAGGAUACUUGCUCAUGUUUUGGUAAGGAUGAAAUUGAACCGAAGUAGCACAGGUUGUAAGCUUGGUUUUACAAUUUUCCAGUGCUACCAGAGUGGGAUAUUAUUUUGUGUACAGUGACUUCAAAAUCAAGUUUUGGAAUUAUUUUUUCUCUUUAAUAGGCUUGGGUGGCUUAUAUAAGUCUUGCUGCGCCUAGUUGUAUUAGCAUGUCGAGGGGUGUGUGGAUUGACUGUGUGAUGUGGAAGGAUAUAACAAAAAAAAAUCUACAUAUUGUUACAGUAUAGAACUGUCAGUAUUACUAUUACACUAUGCAGUCAGGAAUAGUUGCAUCUGCUGCUCAUUAAAUCAUUCAGCUCAUGUUCCAUUUUUAAUACUCUGGUUGGUGGAUGUGAAGAUAAAUUUGAAUAAAUUAUGUUCCUUACUA